AGGCGCGGCUGCUAAGCCUCAGUAUCUACAAUGAUGAGUUCUUCGACUUCUAAUAUUCUAGGGAAGGACUAUACUUCAAGUAUCAACCGGAAGAAAUCCUUAAGAAAUGUCAGAGGAAAAUGGUCAGGAAAGUUCAAAGUUACUCCUAAAGGAAGAUACACAAAAGGACCUUCAUGGCAACUUGCAGCUUGACAAAUGCACAAGUACCUUAGCUGUGGUAUCCACCGUCUCAGAAAUGCUGGAUCAGGGAGAUGUAACAUCAGUCAUGACAGAUCUUUCUGCAGAGGAUUCUGUUCUACAUGGGUCAUCAGUUCUUCAUGAAACAGAAGCAAUUGCUUCUUCUAGUGACUUGGAAAGCUCUCCCUGCCUCUCAGAUACACCGGUUUCAGCAGAUUUGCUUUCAGACUCAACUGUCAUUAACCCAACUGUAGGGCUGCUUCAACAGCCUGUCGUUUUGACAUCGUCUGUGUUGCCAUGUGUACUGACUCAUGUGCAAGGAACUUCAGAGCUUCUCGCUGGUGAGCUACGGGAGAGGGGAGAAGGUCAAGAGGAACUGUUAAUGGUGAAAAGGGAAGACAGAGAGGUCCUGGAACCUUGUGUUGUGUUUACUACAUCAGAAGCAUUGCAGAGCAGCAGUGCUUCAGAAACACUCAGCUCUUCAUCCGCAACAGACGUUGUAGUCACAGCACACCCAUCCAGCUUGACCUACUUGCGGCAAAUCUUUGAACAAGACCAAGUUACUUCACAGGGUCAGAUUGUAUCCGUUCUGCCUCAUGGCAUUGCAUCAUCUCUGUCGCCAACCUUACCGGAACUUCACCAGUGCAAAUGGGACAACUGCUGCGAACAUUUUUUGUCCCUGGAGGAUUUGGUUGCGCAUGUCAAUGAAUACCACAUUAGAACUGAAGCAAGUGAAUACAGUUGCCUUUGGCAGGGCUGCGCGCGCAACGGAAAGGGCUUCAAUGCCCGGUACAAAAUGUUGAUACAUAUGAGAACACAUACUGGAGAAAGGCCCCACCGUUGCAAUCAUGACUCUUGUGGAAAAAGCUUCUCACGGCUAGAGAAUUUAAAAAUACACACCAGGUCUCAUACGGGAGAAAAGCCUUAUGUUUGCCCUGUGGCAGGCUGUAAUAAGCGGUACUCCAAUUCCAGUGAUAGAUACAAACAUACUCGGACUCAUUCAGAGACCAAACCUUACCACUGCAAAGUGGUCAACUGUUUGAAAAGGUAUACGGAUCCGAGUUCAUUGAGAAAACAUUAUAAAACAAUCCAUGGGAAAGACAUUAUUAGUGAAGAGCAGGAUUAAUGAAUAAUGACACAUUUAUAAUUACUGUUAGACUGCUCCAUACUUUUUCUACUCUGAUAAUAUAUUUUGUUCACAAUUUUUUAAACGACACCUGAAAAUAGUGGCUGAAAUAUGGAACCACUUUUUGUCGUUUGUAUGGGAGCACCUAGACGACACACUUCAAUUUAGUAACCAUACAAAGUUUCAUUUAGGCAGCUGUUAUUUUAUACUAGCGAUUUUCAUAUUAUUUAGCGAGAGAUACAUAGUUGAAGGUACAUGUAAAUACCUAGUAACAAUCCUCUAUUCCUAUGUACAAUUCCAGAUUAUGCUUUUUUUUUCCAAGAUAUUCGCUGCAAUGACGUGAAGUUUUCCUUUUUCUUACCUAUUUGGGCCAUGUACUAUCUUUUUACUUUGAGGAACAUUUAUCGGUGGGGUAGUUUGUUUUAUUUCAGUCGUCAUUUUGAAAGAAGGUCAAUCGGGUUGGCAAUCAAAACUGAAGUUCGUCGUGUCGUCAGUCGAAAUUUAAUCUCGUCCAAUAAUGCCGCACCAGAGAUGUUAGGCUUGUUAAACUCACAUCUCACGGUUCCACGGGUAGGGCAAUCACUCGUGCAUUUUUCGGAACGAUACAGUUGAAUUAGACGAUUUCACUUUUGAUUGACUGAGUUAAAAAUUAUGAGCACGAGAUUUCUGUAACGGGAUAGUCGUUAGGGUUAGUUCCGAAUAAAUUAGCAGGCAUGGAGAACGAGAGCGAAUAAUUUAAUUUUAUUUUUAUUUUUAUUUUUAUUAUUAUUAUUAUUAUUAUUACUA